CUGAAUUUCCUACAGACGGAUAAACAAAAAAAGAUAAAUUUUGUAAGUCGAGGAGAUGCAAGUAUCUUCAACUAGCUUCCGAGUUAGGGUUUUACAGUUAAACCCUACAAAAAGCAGAUACGAUGACUCGGUUAUCAGUAUUGGUACCCCGUCUGUUCCAACUUUACCUUCUAAUGUUGAUUUCAUUUCCAGUCCUGCAAACCCAUUUGUAAAACAUUGCUUAAAGCUCCGCCAAAGCUCGUCUUAUCGGCAUUCUCAUUCCUCUGUUAUUGUUGUUGGUACAAACCCCAUCAGGGAAAUUACCAAUUUCCAAGAAUUGGUAGAAGGAAAACCUACUACUGUGGAUUGUUUACUUGUGCUGGAUGGUGUUGAAGUUCCUAAAGGCUUGUCUUAUUCGUCUAUGCGUAUUGUUCGUGUGAGUUCUACUGUGAUGAAAAAAGUAUCUGGGGUUCAAUCAAUUGAUUCUAUUGAAGCAGUAGCUCUAAUGAGAAUUCCAACCAGUUUCUGCAAUUUAAAUGAUAACCAGAAAGAAGCUAAUGUUCAUAAUUUGUUCACUUCGCCUCGUCGGAUUCUAGUUCUUGAUGGAAUCCAGGAUCCUGGUAACCUGGGUGCAUUACUUAGAUCUGCCAUAGCGUUUGGAUGGGAUGGGGUGUUUAUGCUUCCUGGAUGUUGCGAUCCUUUCAACGACAAAGCACUUCGAGCGGCUAGAGGAGCUUCCUUUCAAAUUCCUAUAGUUGCUGGUAAUUGGGCUCAUUUGGAAAGUCUCAAGAAGGAAAAAAAAAUGAAGAUGCUGGCUGCCCAUCCAGAGAGUGACCAAGGACCGAAAUCCUCAUCUCCACUUUCCCGAGAACUUGCAAAGGCAUUGAUGGAUAAACACUUGUGCUUGAUAAUGGGCAGUGAAGGAAACGGUCUUUCAGAGGAAUCUAAACAAGCUUCUGAGCUCAUUACCAUACCAAUGGCAGGAAAUUUUGAGUCUCUUAAUGUUUCAGUUGCCGGAGGCAUUUUCUUGUUUAUGCUACAAUCUCGAAACCAAACAUUAGUCUAAUUUUCGUUUUUGAUCUGA